CCAUCUGCUGAGCACCUCGUGACGUGCUCUCUCAGGAGGAAUCUCGUCAGAGGGGUUGAUUGUGUUGAUUGUGUAGAUUGUGUUGAAGCGGAACACAACCCCAGCGGACGGACACACACACAGCUGGACCCUCCGGAGAGGCUUGAUGGCCGCGGGGCGAUGAGAAGCGGAAGUCAUGGUCCUCUCUGCGCUGCUGCUCCUCGGCGUGUCCCUGGGUCUCUGCGGCGGGACUCCGCUGGAGACAUGUUCCGGAGGACGGCGGUGUGGACCGGCGAGACCCCCGGUGGUCCUCGUUCCCGGGGACCUGGGGAACCAGUUGGAGGCCAAGCUGGAUAAACCCAGUGUGGUUCACUACAUCUGCUACAAGAAGACGGACACCUUCUUCACCCUGUGGCUCAACCUGGAGCUGCUGGUCCCGGUGGCCAUCGACUGCUGGAUCGACAACAUCAGGUUGAUCUACAACAGGACCACGCACAGCACCAUGUCCCCUCCAGGCGUGGACAUCCGUGUCCCCGGGUUUGGACAGACGUAUCCCCUGGAGUACCUGGACCCCAGCAAACGCACUGUGGGCAUGUAUUUCUUUACAAUAGUGCAAGCGCUGGAAGAGUGGGGAUACACCAGAGACGAUGACGUCAGAGGAGCUCCCUAUGAUUGGAGGAAAGCCCCGAAUGAGAAUAAAGAGUAUUUCCUGGCGCUGCAGACGAUGAUUGAAGAGAUGGCAGAGAAAGCGGGGGGGCCCGUGGUGCUCAUCGCUCACAGCAUGGGGAACAUGUACACCUUGUACUUCCUCAACCAGCAGCCUCAGGCCUGGAAGGACAAGUACAUCAAGGCGUUCAUCUGCCUGGGGGCGCCGUGGGCCGGCGUCGCCAAGACCCUGCGCGUCAUCAUCUCCGGUGACAACAACCGCAUCCCAGUGAUCAGCCCGUUGAAGAUUCGCUCUCAGCAACGUUCGGCUGUCUCCACCGCCUGGCUGCUCCCCUAUGCCCACUCAUGGCCCAAAGAUCAGGUCCUGGUGCAGACGCCCUCCACCAACUACACCGCACAGGACUACAAGCGUCUCUUCUCCGACAUCGGGUUUGAGGACGGCUGGUCGAUGCGUCAGGACACGGAGCCGCUGGUGCAGGACCUCACCCCCCCCGGCGUGGCCCUCCACUGCUUGUUCGGCAGCGGCGUGGAGACGUCCGAGGCCUUCCGCUACUCGGACAAGUUCCCGGACGUGGAGCCCACGGUGGUGACGGGCGACGGCGACGGGACGGUGAACCUGCGCAGCGCCGUCCAGUGCAAGCGCUGGGUGGGGGGGCAGAAACAGCCCGUGACGCUGAAGGAGCUCCCGGGGAACGAACACGUGAACAUGUUGUUGAACUUUACGACUGUGAAUUACAUCAAGACCGUGCUGUUCUCCCCCUGAGGCCGGAAGACGCCGAGGGACAGGGGGACGCCGCUGGAACUGACUCGUCGCCUCUGUCUCUCUGAGCAGCGACCACCACAACAUCCCCUAAUAACUGCCACGGUAUAAAAGUAUUGGAAGUAUAUAGUAGGAUUACAGAAGGACAUUUUUUGAAUUAAUUUUAUAGCUGAAAUUAUACGAUUUUAUUUUAACGUCACGUUGUUUACUGUUGGUCACGCCGGAAUAUUGUGACCUUUUUUUUUAUCUUUCUCAGAAUUUGAACAAACCUAAGAUUUUACAUAAGUGUCAAACAAGCAGGGAUGAACCAGGGUGCGAGCGGCCGCGUGAGUUAUGAUCAACAUCAGGUCUUUUAUCAGCGUUGUGAAGAGAUUUCUGUGACUCUAAUGUUGUGAGGCUAAACGGUCAGGCACAUAUUUUAUUAUCAUUCCUUGUGCCACAGGCCACGUGUCAGUGCUUGUAAUAUAUUUAAAUGGUUUCAAACACACACACUGUAUAUGAACGUGGACGACACAUCCGCUUCCUCGUGUCGUACAAAGGUGACGCUGAAAUAUUGUGGAUUUGUGUGUCGGUAUUUGUUCUCCUGUGUCUGUGCCGUAGUGAUCGUGGUGCGGAGCUUAUGACCUGUACUGCAGCCAGCCACCAGGGGGCGAUCAAGAUAAUUUGGCUUCACUAUUUUUGGAGCCAUCUCGUCGUCCAUCUUUAUUAUAUACAGUCUUUUAAUUUACCAUCAUUUCAUUUCUGGUUAUCUUUUUGUUGCUAUUUUCAAUCGUGUUACAUGAGCUGUUAACUUUGGGAUUCAAACUAUAAGUUGGCAGGAAGUGCCUCUGUCCACACAGUUUUUCAUCUCUCUGUAUAAUCUAUAAGUUUAGACUUUUCUCUACAUGUUUUUCUUAAUCUUAGAGUGAACCAGGUGCCUCGACUGGGCUGGAUCCACACAAGCAUGAACACGGGGACUUUUAACUCAUAUUGGACGUUAUGGUUUUCUCUUAAUUUCCUGUUUUAAACCAUAGUCUGUAAAUAAAGAUGGACGAUGUGCCUCCACUUCCUCCCGUUGAACAAGAAUGAAACUGAACGUUGUCAUCUUGGGCUGGUGACUCCAUUCAGAGUCAGUCUGUACAGUAAUGAUGAUCGUGAUGUUGAGGCUCGACCAAUCACAGUCAGCCUAUGGUCUCAGCCCGUUUUUAUAGAAACAAUUAAAACCAAAGUUAUUGGAAAAAUGACAAACCAUCCCAUUCACAGCCACUAGGGGUCGAUCAAGAUGAUUUGACUUCACUAUAACGGGAGAUAUCAUGUCGUCCAUCUUUAGAUACAAUUGUUCGUGAUUCCUUUCAGCCCGAAUCUAAUUCUCUUGAGUGAUUGUCCUUGUGCCAUCGACAUUAUCUAACAAUCAUAUCUGCUAUGAACUAUCGUGAGAUUGUGUGUAAUGAACGUGUCGCCUUCUACAGAGUAAAACAUCUCAAAUGCUA